AUGGAUUUCCAAAAAAAAUUGCCAAUAUCGAAUAUUUCCACUAAUGAUGUAUAUUAUAAACGUCAGCUUUCAUUUUAUUCAUUUAAUACCCAUGUUAUUUCUAAAUUAGAUUCGUACUUCUAUUGCUACUCAGAAAAUGUUGUUGCUAAAGGAUCAGAGGAAGUAGUUUCUAUGCUUCACCACUUUAUAUUUACUCAAUUAGAUAAAACACCACUUCGGGAAAUUCAAAUAGAAUCCAUACAUCCCAGAUAUCUUUCAUAUCGUUCAAACUAUAAUGGGGCCACAGAAACUUCAUUAAUUCGUACUGCUUCUAUCAACCAAACAAAAAUGCCAGGUCCUAACGAAUUUUUCCUACCGGAUAAAAAGUAUAUAGAACCCAUACCAAUAAGUUUGGAAAAAUGGGACAACUUACAGCAAUUAAAAACGUUUUGUGAAAAUGAUGGUGUCUCAGAAUUUUAUGGCAAUCUACCUCACAAAUUAACAAGAAAAGUAAAAAAAAAAAGAAAAUGUGUUGCAUAA